AUGGGGUUAAAAUACCGUACCUAUCUGGAAGGCAUCACCAUCUAUGGAUGUCACAAGUGCAAAACACACCUAUCAACAGAGGAAAGCAUCAUAUCCAGUCAAUUCCAAGGCCAGCACGGACAAGCAUAUCUCACCGAUAAUGUGGUGAAUAUCACCAGAGGCAAAGCUGUGGAUCUCGCCAUGGCGACAGGCAUACAUACGAUUCGAAAUAUUUCAUGUGCAAAGUGUGAUACGGUGGUAGGAUGGGUUUAUAUCAAGGCGUUCAAUGAAGAGAACCGAUACAAGGAGGGCAAGUUUAUAUUAGAAUCUAAAAUGCUGACCACAGUAGACUGA